CCUCACAGAUGACAGGCAAGAAAGGCUUGAGGGAGAGGGGGUGAGGCAGGGGGAGCUUGGAGCCGUCAUUCUCUAACCCUAAAACCUGUGGACACAAAGCCGAGCCCAACCUGGCUGCUGCCCGGGCGGGCAAGGAGAGGGCACCGAACGCACUCUCCCCAGAGCCUCGCACUGCCACCAGUUGAGGCCUGCGCCCCUCUCUUCCCCGCCUCUUUUCUUGAGUGCUCUACCCAAACUACUGCCUCACCCCCUAGGAAACAAACAUUUGGUAACAUCUUCAGAAAGGCUGCUUUCAAGGAAGGCAGCUUCUCUACGCUGUCAAACAGCUUCCUUAGUUGAAGCAUCUAACUGUGGCACCAUCCUUACUGCCCCCAAUUGGGGCUUCCAGAAGCAGUGUGGGCAAGCGCUGCCAGCCUUCUGCAGAGUGAUGAUGAGCACUGGUCAGUCCUGUGCUGAUAAAGACUGUGUGUCACCCAUGUCUUGGUUUCUCAAACAGCAGGUAACAACCUCAUCUUCCCAAAGAGAUAGCUAUGCCUGACCUAUUUUUCAGGGCUCUUCUGGACAGCAGCCUCUGUCUCCAGCACAGAGAAGGGCCUGGCGUCAGGGGGAGCCCUGGAGCCCACCAUGUGCCUCCUGCUCCAUCUUGGGAGCAGCUGUGCCCUGUCAGUACUCAGUAGAGCCUGGGAUUGAUGACUAAAGAGGGAGGUGGAGGCUUUAGGCAGCAGCGCUGAAAGAGGUGGCAACAGGUGACCUGCAUGGGAACUGGGGCCUGAAGAGACAUCACUGAGGGGGGAAGUGUCUUCAGCUCUCAAAUUCUGGAAGCUGUCAGGGGAAGGGAGUCCCACAACCAAGCUGCAUGGUGGGUGGGCCGCUGGGUCUGCUUCCAGUGUGUGGUGGGACCCACAGGGAGCUGAGGAGUUUUCCUGUUUGAUUUCCCGUACCCAGCCUGCCUGUGGCUGGCCAAGAAGGCAUUGUUGAACCUCAUGAGAUCACAGAGGUAGCUGUGCAGGCCCCGCCCACUUCCUAUAACCCUGGUUCUGGCCGUCCCUGUGCCAAGCCUCCAAGUGCCCUGAGAGCUACCGGCCAGGGGUCGGGAGGCUAUGGGAGCUCAGGGCAGGCACCUCCCAUGCUCCCGCGGGAGCCACCAGGACAUGAAGGUCAUAGGCUUCUCCUCUCCUCCUCUUCCUGUUUGACCUGAAUGCCCCCAGGCUAACUGCCUCAAGGAUUCCAUCUGAGAAGAUGCAGGCUGGGUGUGUGGGGAGCAGUAGAGGGGCUGGUGUGUGCACAUAUGUGCACAGCUCAGGACGGAGGCUCCCUGGACUUGGGGCGGGGGCACUAGGGCCCCAACUCUAACCCUCGUUCUGCCCUGUUGACCUCUGCUCUCUGGACCAAAAAUGGAGGACUCAGUCUAGACUAGUUCUUACGGUCCAGGAGCCACCAUAAGUUAUGUUUAUAGGCAAAGGCCAUUUUUCUGAGAGGCCAUAGCUUUCAUCAGUGUGCCAAAAAGCGUGAGAUCCUCUGCUCUAAAAGCCUCUGCCCCAGUGCUGCCUAGUUUCAGAGCCCCCGAUGGCCUCACAUGGGGUUUUAGAGCAGGCAGAGAAGCUGCAAUGGGGCCACCAGCCAGUCCUCAGAGUCCUGCGUUAAGGCCUCCUCUCCAGGAGGCCCUGUUUAAAGGUUUUCUCUGUUGCCUGGAGGCAGGAGUGAACUUCUGGUAGGCAGGAAACCCUGAGGGUACCUAGGAGGCCCCUAGCCUGUGGGUUGGGGAGGGAAGACAGGACCCCUGGGGCCACUGAAACGGUGGAGCUCUCAGAGACCUGAGUUCUGGUCCCUUCUGCCACUCUUUGGGCAGAUCGCCUGUCUUCCCACAGGCCCUGUGUCUUGCUCAGUCCACCUGACUCUGCUUUCUCAUCCUAGGCCUCAGGUGGGUGGCAGGCCCUUUCCUGCUUGCCCUCUGCCCUCCCUCUCUCUGGCCCUGCCCAGUCUCUGCCAAUCUGUGUGCCUCCCAGGAGCCGGGACACUCCCUGAGUCCUCUGGGAGCCCUUAAGCCACACUGAGAACACAGACCCUGGGAGAAGCAGCCAGCAGUGAGGAAUCCUGGAACCCCUUUCCAGGGAGAACCUUCCCAUGACCCCCAUGAAGAGAUCAGUGCAAACACAGGUGUCAGAGCCCUUCAUGGAGUCCUGGGGUGAGGAGUCCCUGCCGGAGCUACCCACAGAGCAGUCCCUGACGGAGUACUCUGACCUCGAGGAGGCUCCCUCGGUGCACACUCUCUAUGUGGGCCAUCUGAACCCCCAGUUCUCAGUGCCGGUGCUUGCCUGCCUGCUGCGAGACACCCUGGAGCGGCUGGAGAUGCCGGUGGCGCGGGAGCACAUUGAAGUGGUGAGGCGGCCGCGGAAGGCCUAUGCACUGGUGCAGGUGACUGUCUGCAGGGACACCCUGGCCUCCCUCCCCUGGCGCCUGCAGACGGCCCUGGAGGAGCACGUAAUCCUCAAGGAGCUGGCAGCCCGUGGGAAGGAGCUGCUAUUGAGUGAGGCCCAAGGGCCCUUCAGUCAGAGAGAGGAGAAGGAGGAGGAGGAGGACAGUGGCCUGAGCCCUGGCCCCAGCCCAGGCUCUGGUGUCCCGCUGCCCACCUGGCCUACACACACGCUGCCCGAUAGGCCCCAGGCCCAGCAGCUGCAGAGCUGCCAGGGCCGGCCCAGCGGCGUGUGCUCCGACAGUGCCAUUGUGCACCAGCAGAUCGUGGGCAAGGACCAGCUCUUCCAGGGUGCCUUCCUGGGCAGCGAGACCCGCAACAUGGAGUUCAAGCGGGGUAGCGGCGAGUACCUCAGCCUGGCCUUCAAGCACCACGUGCGGCGCUACGUGUGCGCCUUCCUCAACAGCGAGGGCGGCAGCCUGCUCAUGGGAGUAGAGGACAGCGGCCUGGUGCAGGGCAUCCGCUGCAGCCACCGUGACGAGGACCGCGCACGCCUGCUGGUGGACUCCAUCCUGCAGGGCUUCAAGCCUCAGAUCUUUCCCGAUGCCUACACUCUCACCUUCAUCCCUGUGAUCAGUACCUUGGAGACCAGCGUCCCCCUCAAGGUGAUCCGCCUGACCGUGCACACCCCCAAGGCCCAGAGCCAGCCGCAACUCUACCAGACAGACCAGGGGGAGGUGUUUCUGCGGCGCGACGGGAGCAUCCAGGGCCCGCUGUCUGCCAGCGCCAUCCAGGAGUGGUGCAGGCAGAGGUGGCUGGUGGAGCUGGGCAAGCUGGAAGAGAAGGUGAAGGCGCUGAUGAUGGAGAAGGAGCAGCUCCAGCAGCAGCUGCAGCAGCACGGGCCUGUGUCCUGCACCUGCUGUGUCCUGUGAGGGCCCUGGGGAGCAGGCAGGACGGCACGGCACUCUCCACCUGAGACUCAGGGAUUUCCUGUUUGAGUGUAAGGCCAACCAGUAAAGCCCAUGCGGGCCGCUGAGAGGCGGACAGGGACUCCUUUAACAUGGCACAUGAGCAGGCACCCAUGUGGCUUCAACCCUGACAGACCCAUCUGUGUAGCCAAGAAACUGCUCUCAGCCCUCUCCCCAAAUGACCUUACUUUCAGAAAGAAUGUGUAAAACCCUGCCCAGAGCUCCCCUAGGGCUGAGCUAUAAGAGAUUGUCCUUCUCCCUAAAACGCUCAUUUGGCCCAGGCUGAGGUCUGUGACUCCAGUUGGCUACACAGUGCCAGAAAGGAAUCUGUCAUCUCAGGAAAGCCCCUCACAGAUGGCGAGGCAUAUUUGGUGACUGUGGUUACAGGGCAAGAGGCCACCCUGCAGCCCCCACCCCUGACUUGCUGGAACUUGUGACUGUCAAACCUCCAUUAAUAAAUUACAUGCACCUGG